UUUACUACUAAAACAGUACCAAAAAUUGUAAAGAUAAUUUUACUGUGAUAAGUUGAGACCAACUAAUGAGGAAUUUGAAGAGGAGCGCGAGACAUGUACAGCAGGGGAUUGAGUUUGUUUAAUUGUUGGGUUUACUACGUACUUUUGAAUAUGCAAUUUAUCAUUGUUCCGGUAUUGGUACAUAUCUUUAUCGGUAUAUAUGUUUGAUUUGAUAGGUAUUGAAGUGGUCAUACGUUGUUCAUAGAUGUGUACUUUUCUUGUCCCCGUUGCCGAACUAAUAACAAUGCAAAAAUCAAACAAGAAAUCAAUACCAAACUUGUAACAAUACAAUACCACUACCAAUUCAAAAUCCAAUUGCGAGCACACAAAGAUGACAAUGACAUCGUUGUCGAAUGAUAAGGCUGCUGUUGUGCGCCCUCCUUGUUCAAUCGGAAUUCCAUCCCCGCCGCUCCAAAGGCAUCUCCUCUACCGAUGUCAUUGUCGACCCCACCGCAACCUCUGGUUCUGUCUCCACACCCCGACUACUUCUGCUCCACGAACGACCCUCCGCCGCUCAGCGACGGCGUCACGUUGAUGAAGCAGAAGCCUUGCAGUUAAUGACUAACCGCCACUGCACCAGAUCUUCCCCUAAGCCCGCGAUGGAGCGAGGGUAACAAAGGGGGGGGGGGGGGGGAGAGGGAUGGAGGGCGAUAGACGGUUGUUGUCGCCAAUGAGAGAGAGAGAGAGAGAGAGGCAAACGCCGGGCGGCAGUCGUCGCCAAGAAGAGAGGCAAGGGUCAAGGAGGCAGCUGGGAGAGAGAUGUAUAUUGUUAGGGUUGAAAAGAGAGGAGGAGAUUAAAGGAAAUAACAAUGA